UGACAUGUCGGGCCGCAACUCACCUAUAGCCAAUCAACAGGAUAUCAUCUAAUAUAUAUAUAAUUAUCUGAAUAAUCUCUCCAAUGUUUACUAAUCUCGACGUACUAUUCCCAGGAAUUGAACGUCACCUAUAAAUUGUGGGAAAAUCGGUUUGCACGAUUUUCGAAAUUCAACGACGGUUUCAUGGCAGACUCAGCGACCCUUUACUCCGGGCCUCCAGAAGUUUUGACAAAACUGAUGGCUUCCCGGUGUAAGUCGCUGGGUACUGUGAUAGACCUGUUUUGCGGUUCCGGUGCAAUCGCGAUCCAACUGGCCAUGGUCUGCCACAAAGUCAUUGCGAUGGACAGUGACCCGGUCAAAAUCGCGUUCGCCCGGAACAAUGCUCGUGUGUAUGAGGUCGAAGACCGAAUCGCCUUCCUGGUGGGUGACUUCUUUGUCGAUGCCCACUCGCUGCAGAGGGCAGACGGCAUCGUCACGUCACCACCAGUGAACAUGACUAAAGAGGAAAUGGUGAAAUUAACCAAAUUGGCAAAUAGGGUGGCGCCGAAAGUCUUAAUGAGGUUAACGAAGGACCAUGAACUGUCAGAUAUGAAUACGAAUAAUUAUAACAGAAACGUAAAUAGGAUACAAAAGAAAGUGCUUUUGUUUUCUGAUGGGGUAUCUGUUAAUCGUCGUGUGCAUUGGAUAAGAGGUAAUAAUCUUUUUGCAUACGACGAUUACCUCAAAAACGUUGAAGAAUUCUUGAAGAGCCAAAAUCUCAACUGACAGACGAUUUCUCAACACAAUCGGAAGAAUAUAAUACAAUUGAUAUCUGAUAGUAAAUACUAUUUAUAAAUUAUAAUCAAUUAUAAAUUAUAUAGAUAAGGACAUAUUUCAGA